GCCUUGGAUAUCACGGCCUGCUGAUUACUGAAUGAAAUCCAUUCUGGUCGCCUGCUAUCUGAGAGAAAAGAACAUGAGAAAGCCAAGCCAAGGCCACAUGCUGCGGCUUCAAACAAUGGUCGUCAUCUCCAUGGUCGUGUCCCAGCCUCCGGCAGUACUGGGAUUAGUAACCGACGACAAGUGCAAGUGCUUCAUGUGCAUCUGCGACGUGGACCCGCACCCGCUGCCGCCGGCGCUGCCGGCGCACCACCCGCCGCCGCCGUCCGAGCCGGAGGUCGUCAGCCAGCCACCACCGGCGCUCCCCGAGUACCACCACCCGCCGCCGUCGGAGCACGAGCCGACGCCCGAUUACCACUACUACCCGCCGCCGUACCCGUACGGGUACCCGUGGGAGGGGACGACGUACUACGGGCCGCCGGCGGGGGAGAUGUACCCGCGGGACAAGGCGUCCAAGUCCAGUGCGCUCCGGCAGGGCGGUCACGGACUCUCUUCUUUGAUCCUCGCCGUCUUGCUCGCGUCCGCUGUGCUGUCAGUGCUCACGCGUUCUACUUAGUCGUCGUGUCGUGUGUCGUGCUAAUAUAUAUCAAGUGUAACGUCCUACUCCCGUGUGCGAGUCGUGUUAUGCAGGUAACCAGCAGUUAAUUGCCGUGCUUUUACCGCUGAGUUUGGAAGAAGAAAAAAAGGAAUGUACUAUGUAAUGGCAAAAAAAUAAGGAAUGUACUAUGUAACAUGUUGUCUAGUAAUGGGAUAUUUACCAAUUACCAUGCAAGUGCGCUCGGUCGGCUGAGCCUGCGCAGAUGACAGCUCGACCGACUGCCCUGCCGUGUCCACAGGUGCCAUCGCGGUGCCACCCCGGACGGCCAGGUCGCAGUCGUCACCGUCGCAUGCUUCCUCGCCACCUUCAGCCCUUGCUGGUCGCUGCAUCCCCCACGCAGCCUCCGCCUUCGCCUCCGUCCAUCCAUGGUGCGCCUGCGCAGCUGCCGGAGGUGGAAAUCUGCUUCAUUCCGUGCUCUAGGGAGAUGGAAGAGCACGACGAUAGCCUCUCACAGGCUCUGGUCGCAAUCAUUGCUGGUACCCAUCCUUUGGUGCUGCCAGCGGCCAGAUCAUCUUCCACAUCGAGGAGGUCCAGCGGCAGAUCCACCGCGGGCAAGCCCCUUACCCCUGAAAUACUUGAGAGCCUCCCAAGCUCGAGUAUAAAAUAGGGGGAACAAGACGAGCAGAACGAAGGAAAAAAACAACAGGAGAUGAAGGAGGAGAAAGAAGAAAUUGAGAUCUAUAAAUGUUGGCUCUGGAUCCGCCACUGAGGAGGUCCAAGUCCAAGGCUCAUCUCCGAUGACCUCCUCGGUGCCUCCGGCGAGCUACUCCUUGCCAGCGAAGUCUGGUGCUAUCAUUCCCAUAAUGGAGCAGCUGUCGCGCAUUGACCCGCUGCAGGAUGAAGGGGAGAUGGAUCCGAGGCCUCUCUGGGGAGCUAUCAGUGACACCGAGAUGGAUUUGUCUCGUCGGUUGUGCUCGACCCCUGAUUGGAACCCCGGCCAUGAGGAUUAAG